CAGUUUCCCUUUUCGGAGGCUGACCGUGAGGCGUUCGUGAUGACCGGCCAACAGUGGGGCCGCGGCGUCCAUGGCAGUGUGCUUCAGUAAGUCCAUUCAACCCAAUUGUCAACCAGGUCGCAUGUGCUCCUUUUUAACAAACCUCCGUAGCCCAUCCUCUAGAUCUCACAAAAUAGUAUGGCCCACCCAGACCGCCUGACCACUUCAUCAAGAACACCGACUGACGGCUGCUUUCCGCGUCCAGCCGGAUGCAAGUCCUCCAGACAAGGGCGCCCAUGCUCUCAACGCUCUACAAGUUUGCCACACGCGACGGUCAGUCCAACAUAGACCGCCGGCGCUGUCCUCCUUUCCCGCUAACACUUGGCGACCCUGAUGCAGGAAUCCUCUCCCUUUGGUCCGGCCUCUCCGCCUCUGUGCUCCGACAGUCCACCUAUUCGACCGCCCGCUUCGGCCUAUACAGCGUCUUAUCUCAGCAGCUGCAAAAAAGGUCGGGCGCAUCCAAGCUGUCCACCACAUCCACCAUCGUCUGCGCCGGAGUGGCCGGCGGAUUGGCGGGUAUGGUCGGGAACCCGACUGAGGUGGGCAGCACCCCCUUGAGCCGAUCAGCCGUCCGGCUGCGGAAUGUAACCCUCGGCUGAACCACCACCCUGCGGGGGAGUGACAGGUCAUCCUGGUGCGCAUGUGCGCCGACGCCGCCAAGCCGAGCGCAGAACGCUUCCGCUACUCCGACGCCAUCACCGGGUUGUAC